AUUAGCGUAAAAUUAAAUGAUUUAAUUAUUUCACAUUUAUGAAUUCCUUGUCUUGAAUUUAUGACGCAAAUAUUCCUACCGAUUCCAAUUAUUUCCUUUACUUCAAAAACAGAUAUAAAACAUUUCAAGUCCUUAUUCUGGUUUCGACAGAUAUUCCGUCAAUCAAAACGCGUAUAUAUAAGGAAUAAAAAUCUUACGGUACUCAAACAGAAUUUUCUCAUCUCACAAUGAAAGAAAUUACGAUUAAUCGAAAGUGUAAAAAUUUGAAACUAAUCCAGUUUACAUUAUUUUUGGUAUUAAUAACCAUUUCUAAUGGAUUUCCUGCAAAUCACGAUGAAGAUAUGAAUAAUGAGAUUAUAUCACCAAAUUCGCAUCAAUUUCUAAAUUGGAUUGUAUCCGUUUUAAGAAAAAACGAUUUUUUAAGCCAACCAAGCGAUAUUCCUUUAAUUCCAUAUCAAUUUCCUCCGAAUGGAAAAAGGAAUUCUGCGGAACUAACUAGUUCAAUUAUGGCCAUACCUCGAACUAUAAUCGAUAAUGGAAAGUAACAUCAUCUAAAGUUUAUCUCAAUUUAUAAUAUUUUCUCUAAAUAGUCGGGCCAUAGAAUUCUUGCUUAUUAGUAGUAGAAAAUUGUUUAAUAUUUAUUGGAAAAUAAAAUUGUAUGUGUAA